GCAAACCGGACCUUGAGUGUGAAGUUCGGGAAAGGGGGAUACAAUAAAAGACGGCAAAAAGACUGCAAUCAAUGUUCCAGCCAUUACUAAGAGUACCGGUAUGAUUAAAACCACCGCAAACUCAAACAUACAAUAAAGACAUUAGAUAAAAUAUUGAAGUGGAAGGGAAACAUACAAAUAUAUUUGGAUCCCAGUCUAAAAAAAAAUACGUUUGGACUUCUAGCAUGGAGGUGUCCCAUGUGAACAAUAGCAGUCAUCACGCCUGGUGGAAAGAGAUGCCUUGGGGCGACACAGACGAGUGCACCUCCUUCUGGAGUGGCACCACCUUCCUGAUAGUUGCCUACAGCGCACUGGUCGCGGUUGGCCUUAUCGGUAACACCUGCCUGGUGUUUGUCAUCACACGGCAGAAGGAGAUGCGGAAUGUCACCAACAUCUUCAUCGCCAACCUGUCCAUCUCUGACAUCCUCAUGUGCAUUGUGUGCCUGCCUGUAACCAUCAUCUACACCCUGAUGGACCGCUGGAUCCUGGGGGAGGCACUCUGUAAGGUCACACCCUUUGUCCAGUGCAUCUCUGUCACGGUUUCCAUCUUCACCCUUGUCCUCAUAGCCAUGGAGCGCCACCAACUCAUCAUCCACCCCACUGGAUGGAAGCCCAUGGUGCGCCACUCCUACCUGGCUGUAGCCAUCACCUGGUUAGUGGCCUGCUUCAUCUCUCUUCCUUUCCUCUUCUUCAACGUCCUCGACAACAGUCCUUUCCAGAACAUGAGCCUCCCGUUCAAUCUCUUCACUGACCACUUCAUCUGUAUGGAGCGAUGGCCCUCAGAGCACAACCGACUGGCCUACACCACCUCCCUGCUGCUCUUCCAGUACUGCCUUCCCCUCAUCCUCAUCCUGGUCUGCUACCUGCGCAUCUUCCUGCGUCUCCGACAGAGAAAAUACAUGGUGGAGCGAGCCAGGGACAACUGUCAGAAGAAAGCCAAGGGGUCAAAGAGGAUCAAUGCCAUGUUGGCCUCCAUUGUGGUAGUGUUUGCCCUCUGCUGGCUCCCCCUCAACAUCUUCAAUACCUUGUUUGACUGGAACCACCAGGCCAUCCCAUCCUGCCAGCAUGACAUAAUCUUCUCUGCCUGCCACCUCACAGCCAUGGCCUCCACCUGUGUCAAUCCCAUAAUCUACGGCUUUCUCAACAGUAACUUCCAGAAAGAGCUAAAAUCUACCCUAUACCACUGCCGCUGCUGGGGGUCACCAGAGAGUUAUGAGAGCUUCCCUCUUUCUAUUGUCAGCACAGAGGUCACUAAGGGGUCAACCUUGAGCAAAGGAUCAAUGAGCAUGAAUGUACAGUCCUGACCCAUUCAGAAAAGGAGAGAGAAAGUAUAGAACUUCAAUCCCCAUUGUCUUAACCAUCCAUUGAAGGUUGACUUGUUGAGCUUAAUGCUGGAGCAAGAGUUGACAUGGCUGGAGUUGUUCAAAUUAGUCACAGGGGAUUGUUUUGUGUCUUAACAAUCAAUGGUUGGUCUCUUCGGUGGGCAUGGAGAGAAAUGGAAAAGUAAGAACACUGUGACCUAAAAUAGAUUUUACAGUGUCCUCAAUUAGAUACAGUGCAUUCAGAAAGUAUUAACAAAACAUGGCCAGUGAUUAAAAAAAUCUAAUCCAUUUUAAAAUUCAGGCUGUAAAACAAAAAAAUGUGGAAAAAGUCAAGGACGUGGUGUUACAGCCUGAAUUUUAAAUGGAUUAAAUGUAGAUUUUUUUGGUCACUGGCCUACUCCAUAAUAUGAAAGUAGAAUGAUGUUUUUUCAAAAUGUUUACAAAUUAAUUAAAAAUGAAAAGAUGAAAUGCCUUGAGUCAAUAAGUAUUCAAUCCCUUUGUUAUGGCAAUCCAAAAUAGGAGUGAAAAGAGUAAACUACUGCUUAACAAGUAAUAUAAAGUGUUUAACAUGUUUUUAAUGACUUCAAACCUACAGGUGUCCUUCCUAACUAAUUUGCCAGAUAGGAAGGAAACCGCUCAGGGAUUUCACCAUGAGUCCAAU